AUGAGUUCAGGAUCCAUAUUAACCCAUAAAGUCGUCACCACUAUUGCCCUGGUCUUAUCCAUCUAUGGUAAUAUCAGAUAUGCCCUAGGCAGAGCACCAAUUGAAAAGAACCCUGAAGAUGAUCCGUUCUUUAGAGUUGGAUUCACCCCAUUCACUGCAAACAUCUUGGUUGUAUUGAUCUAUUGGGGUGCUUUACACCUAUUGCAAGUUAGUUUUGUCGUUCAAUACUUCUUCCCAGAAGAUCAACCUACAGAAAGAGCUCAAAGCUCCACAAUUGGGAACAUUUUACAAGGUGGCCAACCAACUCGUUUACAAGUUGCUGAUCAUGUUGGAUGGCAUUUCACUGUUUUCAACUUUUUGCACUUCUUUUGGACUCUAUUAUUUGUUAAUGGUCACUACAUUUGGUCAGAAAUCUUUGUCAUUUUAAAUUUCUUCAAUAUUUUGACAUUGUACGUUUCUCAUAAAACUUAUGCCAUUAAACCAUUUGCAAAUUAUACAUUGAUUCAUAUGUCCACUGCUGCUUUACCUUUUAGUUGGUUAUUGUACUUGCUAUUCUGGAAUGGUGCUGUUGCUGUUGGUAGAAAUGGGUUCGUUGCUCGUAUCAUUGCAAACAUCUUUGUUUGGGACUUUUUACUAGUUCCAACUGUUUUGUUGAUUCUUUACCGUGAUUGGGCCGUUGGUUUCAGUUCAGCAGCUUUGCAAUUGGCCUUAGGUUUGGGCCAAUUAUUCACCAAGAUCUUUGCCUUACAAUGGAUCUUUGCAUUCAUUAUUGCUGGUUUGUUAUUUGCCUUUUCAUUAGCUGUCAUGAGUGCAGACUUGAGAGAUUCAAAGAAAUCAACCACUUCAACUGAUGCUGAAAAUGCACCAUUGAUCAAUAACUAA